AUGGAUGAUUAAACUCUUUUAGAAAGGAUAAUAGAAAUAGAAGAAUAGUGUAAAAAGAUCAAAAGCUCGCUAAAUUCAAUAUAAUUGUACUUAAAUAUAUAAUUAAUAAUUGUCAUAAGUUAUAUUUCAUUACCUUGGUAUUAUGAAUAUUAAAAGGCAUCAAUUUUUUAUUUGAUUUGGAGAUUAUUGCAAUAUUCAUUUCACCUCUUUAGUGUAAUCCAAAUAUAAAAAACUGUUGAAACAAUUUCUGAAACUUCAAGAUAAUUUAUAGAAUCAUUGAAUGAUUAAAUUGAUGUUUGGGCAGCAAUAAAGGGAAGUCAUGGAACACUAAGCAAAUGCAAUUAAUUUGUUUAUAUAAUAAUGUUCGGCUUAGGAAAUGUGGUGUUAUUACAAAAUACUCUAUUGCUUAAUAAAUGGAUUUUAGUUGUUCAGUUGAUAUUUGGAUGGGUUGUACUAGCUACAAUAGUUCUCGGCUUACUUGCAAUAUGUUUGAUUAUGCCCUUUUUGCUAUAUCGAGAAUAUCGCUAAAGAUUAGAAGAAGAAAGAAGAAGAUAAGAGCAAGCACUUCGGCUGAUUGGAACUUAAUUCAAAUACUCAGAAUUAAAUGGUCAAACAUUUUAACCUUGCUAUAUUUGUUUAUAAAAUUAUGCAUAAGAUGAUUUGAUUGUAAAAUUAACUUGUAAUCCAAAUCAUGUAUUUCAUUCAGACUGUAUUAGGCCAUGGGCUGAAAUAAACGAUACAUGUCCUGUUUGUAGAUAAAGAUUAUUAUAAUAAUGA